GGCACCCGCAUCCAGUGCAGCCCCAGCUCAGGCUCACUUGGCUGGAGACAUCUGCUACUAGAAGAUGUUCUCUUGCUGCCGGCCCACGUCUGGGGGCUCUGGCUCCCAGGAACCCCAGGGGUGCGGCUUGUUCCUAUGCUGUAGGCAGUGGCUCCAGCAUAGGUACCAAGGUGUCAGGGCGGUGAUCAGGAGGCGCCGUCAGGGUGCAGGGGCCGCGGCCGGGAAGGGGCAUCAGAUCGUCCUGACCAAGCUCACCCGGACGGAGCUGCUGGAGUACAAAGUCCGACAACUGCUGCUCGCCUUGCAGCGCAGGGACGUCAUCUACAUCUUCAGCUUUUUAGAGGAUUAUCGUACAUUUGCCACCACGGACGAGGUGUUGGACCUGCUGUUCACCGAGUAUGGGUGCAUCGCAGAUGCGUGGGGUAACAACGAUGUGGUCCUGCAGUGCUGGAAACUGGCCAUGUCCUUCAUGAUGGAAAUAUGGCUGAAUUAUUAUGGGGACGACUUUCAUCAGUUCCCAGAAUUUCCCUCCCUUAUAAAACUCCUGGAAUUGUUAAGACAGCACAUGCCAGGCACAGAUGCGCAUCUCCGGGCCCUGCGUCACCUGAGGCAAUUCAGACGCCUCCAUGCAGCAGAGCGAGAGGCUGGGGCUUCGGCCCGAGGAAAACACCCUGAACCCACUCUGGAAUGCACCCCAGCUCCAACCGUGGGGCCUGCUGCCCCGUGGGGCCUGGCUGCUGGGGCUGAGGGCUUGGCCUGCGAUGAGCCGCCUGCUGGGGAGGCAAAGCCCCUGCAGAUAGUGGUCACUGCUGCCCUGCAGGAGCCCCCUGCACCCCUGGGAGCCCUGGAAGAGGAGCAGGCACCACCCCCUGCUCUCGAGGUCGUGGAUGUGCCCCAGCCACCUCCUAACUUGAUGGAGCAACUGGCCUCGGGGAUGGAGCAACCUGUUGAACCACCGAGGAGCCCGCCCCAGCUCCAACUGUGGAGCCUGGGGAAGGUUCCGGGUCUGAAGGGAUAG